AUGGCCCAGUGGAAAUUAGCACAACUUGAAGCAAGGCAGUUACUCUUGGAUGAGCAACAUAAACUCGAAACUGAAAUGCGAGAAAAAGAAUUUAAAACAGAAAUGGCUAGAUUGCAAAUGAAGAAAGAAAUUAUUGAUGCUCAAGAAGAAGUUGGCAUAUGUGCCCUAGAAUCUCAGUGUUCACAAGUCGAUGAUGACCAUGCGUUAGAGAGGAGGUCACUGCAAUCUCUGAAUAUUGAAAGUCAGACUCUUCAUCAGAAGAUGGAGAAAUUUUUCAGUUCAGAAUUUCCUGUCGACUGUUGUAAUCACAAAUCAGAACCACAGAAGUUGGAUGAAAAUUUGGUUAACCAAGACCUAAAAACUGUUGAUGUGGACAACGAAGUCAGAGUUAACCGUAAAGUAACUAAAGAACAGACAACACAGAACCUUGGUGACAAUGUCCAUACUGAGAAGUCUGAAUUGCACCGAAUCUUAGAACGUCAGACCCUGUUGAUGGAAAGACAACAAGCGACAGUAGAAAGAUUCACGACAGGAAUGGUAUUGCCAAAGAGAGAGUUUCUACAUUUCGAUGGUAAUCCAGUAAAUUAUACAAGAUUCAUGAGGAAUUUCGAGCUAAAUGUGGAAAACAGAGUACAAGAAACAAGCGUUAAACUGUCCUUUUUGAUUCAAUAUACGAGUGGUAAAGCAAGAGAAGCGAUCGAAAAUUGUGUGAUUUUACCAGCAGAUGAAGGUUAUGCAAAGGCCAAAGAGAUCUUAAGGAAGAACUUUGGACAAAAACAUAUAAUCGUUCGCGCAUUUGUUGAAAGAGUCACAAAAGGUCCACAGAUUAAGCCUGGUGAACCAGACAAGUUAAUGCAAUUGGCUCGGAAUAUGCGUAAUUGUUUGUUGAACUCCACGCAGCUGAACUAUAAAGCGGACAUCAACGCAAUGGAUACCCUUUCGAAGAUUGUAAAGAAACUACCUUCGUAUUUACAAGCAAAAUGGGCAGAACGUUCUGGUACUCUAAUUGGAUGUGACAUCGAACCUGAAUUUCAACAUUUGACAGAAUUUGUGGAGAAAAAUGCUUCCACUGCAAACACAAUAUUCGGAAAAUUGGUUGGGGCAAAACCAGAUGAUGAUAACAAGAAUAAAUUCAGACCACGAAUAGCAAACAAAGGAACAUUAGGAGUUACUAGAUAUACAGAAACCCAAACCAGUGAGACACGGCAAUGUUGA